AGUCAUAUCGCGACGUCGUAUAGCUGCGGACGUCCGUAGCUGGAGUUUCACUGACGGUCGGUCGACUCGUAACCGCGAAUUGUGAAAACAGUUAUCGUUUUUGUCAUUUGUAUACGUGAAGUGAACUUGUUUUCGAUUUCAUACACUCGUGAGAUGUGGCCUAAACUCCCCGAUCAGUUAGAUGCAUAAAAAUUUCACUUUGAUGCCUGUGACAGAAUAAUUAGUUUUCAGUGCAGCUUUUUGAGUUGUGGAUUGUUUUGAUAUUGUGAUGCGCGCACGCAUGUGAAGUAUGGCGCGAGGGGGGACCAUGCUCCUCGUGCUAUGGGUGGUCGCAGUCGCCGCUGACAGCAAACACGAUGUGUCAAAUACCACAGAACUGGAGCAGAAUACUGCAGCGCCGACGCCACCUAUUCCUCUACGGCCAGAGUAUGCCCACCCCGCAGGAGUGGAAGCUUUAGACCCAUAUAACUCAGAAAAGAAUAACCCUCCACCCCAUCAUAGAGACUAUCUUGAAGAAGACUACGACCAUGAAACAAACAAAGAAGAUGACCACGAAAACAGAGACGACGCAGAUGAAUUGCCGUCUCUUUCUGGUGAUCAUCUACAGAGUUCAACAGAUGAUCUGCCCAUGUUCUUACUAGAGCCUCAACAUGCUUUUGUGGUUAGGAAUAAACCAGCUACAUUGAGAUGUCGUGCGGCUAAUGCGUUACAAGUGUACUUUAAGUGUAAUGGUGUGCGGUCGGUUGCUAGUACUCAGUUCGAAUUUGUAGAUCCGCAAAGUGGUGUGAGGAUUGUUGAAGCGGAGUGUAAUGUUACCAGGGAUCAACUUGAAGAGUAUUUUGGAGAGGACCGGUUCACGUGCACAUGCAACGCUUGGAGUAGCAGGGGUGAUAUCAAAAGUCAGCCGGCAGUCGUAGAAUUAGCAUAUCUCAAGAAGCAGUUCGCAGUUUCACCUUCACCGACAUCUGUUGAAGCAGGAGUUGCUGCUACUCUCCGCUGCACCCCUCCUCCCGCAGCCCCUCCACCGAGAAUAUCAUGGCUAAAACACGGAGUUCCGUUACAACAGGACCACAAUAUAUUGAUAUCAGCAGAAGGGAAUCUGCUUAUUUCACGAGCGACAUUACAAGAUAUGGGCAACUACAGUUGUGUGGCUGAAAACAUAGCUGGCAAGAGGAUUUCGGAGCCCGCCCUUUUGACAGUUUAUGUGAAUGGCGGUUGGAGCUCUUGGAGUUCUUGGUCCCCAUGCCGCUGCAACGGUCGGUCAACGGGCGGUCAGCGGCGCACGCGCACCUGCACCGAACCGUACCCGCUCAACGGCGGUGCCCACUGCCAGGGCCAAGCUGUGCAGAGAACCGCCGAUUGCGUACCCUGUCAAAGUGCUCUUCCUGGAAGAUGGGGCCCUUGGUCCGAGUGGUCUGUCUGUGAAGCUGACUGUCGCCAAAGCAGACGAAGGUCCUGCACAGGUGAUACUCCCUGUUCUGGCCAACAUGUUCAAUACGCCGACUGCGUAGGCGACUACUGUGGCGUACAUGGCGUGGCAGCCCACAACGACAUUCCUCUGUACAUUGGGAUCGCCGUAGCAGUAGUUGUCUUCUUAGCUGGUGCAGCUGUGGUAUACAAGCUGCUCCAAAGGAAGACUAGAGACCAUUCGCUAUACACUAUGACUAGAACUGAUUUCCAACCGGAGAUGUACCCUACGGUAGAGAAGCAGUCCCUUUCGCUGGCACCGGACCUGAUGCAGCACCGACCUCCAAGAUAUGAACAUCCCCAGCCAGACACCAGAGCCGAACACCACUACGAUGUGCCACAUCUCACUAACAGCUACGCAUCACCCGUAGAUCACCAAGUGACACCAUGUGCAUCGAGUAAAGGACAGAGCGAUGAUUAUGAUAGUAAACCCUACAGUGAAUCUGAACACUCAGUAUCAAGCUGUUUCACGUCAUCUGGCUCCAUGUACGACGCAGCGAACGAGUCAGUGACCCUUCAACUAGCUGAACUGGUUUCCAAUUCUCCGACUUCUCAAUCCCUGUCAGUGGCCAGCGCUGGUGCCAGGUUAGCAUUACCAGCAGCUGGAGUAGCCCUUUCUAUACCAGAAGGAGCACUUAGUAGGGGAAGAAGAGAACAAAUGUACGUGGCUGUCGUCAAAGAUGACAGAUACCGACCGAGACUAGGAAAAGGUAUCACGCAAUUGAGUCCAGUAGUUAAAUGCGGACCACCUCGUCUCCAACUAAAUAAGUCUGUUAUUCUACAAAUACCACACUGUGCCAGUCUCAAGCAUGGUUUCUGGAACCUAAGCCUUUUCGCCAUAGAUCACAAUAAUACCAAAACAGAUAACGCCCAACCGCAAUGGAAGAAAGUCGUUAGUCUUGGCCAAGAAACUAUCAACACCCCUGUAUUUACACAACUCGAUACUGACAAAAUAUACCUUGUGACAGAUAUGCUGUCCACAUUCGUUCUUGUUGGCGAAAGUUUCAAUGGCAAGGCAGUUAAAGCGCUACAACUGGCAAUAUAUGCACCGGCAUCGCUAAACGAAACUUGUUCCGAGUACAGUAUUAGGUUAUACGUAUUCGAAGAUACGCCGUGCGCGGCGUAUUAUUGCCAAGAGCAAGAAAAAAAAUUGAACGGGGUUUUACUCGAACGCCCGAAAACAUUGUUGUUCCAAGACGGUGGAUCCAAUUUGUGUUUGAAUUUAGAACACGUCAGUCCCGGAUGGAAGGCUAAGCCUGGCAUUGGCUAUCAGGAGAUACCGUUCAAUCACGUUUGGAGUUCGAAUUACAACGCCCUACAUUGCAGUUUCAUUCUAGAGAGAACGCACGACUGCGACAAUAUUGACUUUAGCGUUUCGGCAUGUCAAAGGACCAAUCCAUCCUACAAACAGACGUUCCGAAUAUCCCUUGAGGAUGUGCGGAGCCGAUCGCCACGGGGUAGAUCGCCUCGCGCUGAGUCACAGCGUAGUUUCAACAUAACUGAAAAUCUUUUAGAGGCUCGUAUGUGCAGAAGCGAGGAAGGAGGCGAUGGUAAAAGGAGCGUUACUGUGAGCGAGGUGGGAGUCAACGAAUGUGCAGGCGAAGGCCCAUUUAAAUUGAGCGCUCGAGUGAAACGGCAGUUAUGCGCUAUAUUGGACCCGCCGAACGCUCGAGGUAAUGACUGGCGCGCGCUCGCGUCUAGACUCGGUGUGGAUCGCUAUACAACGUGGUUCGCUACAAAGAGCUCUCCGACAGAGGCUAUCUUAGAGCUAUGGGAAUGCAGGGAGCGAGGCCCCGGGGCGACUGCUUCUUUAGCGACCGCACUCCGCCAAAUGGACCGCCACGAUGCCGCGGACUUAUUACAUGGUAGGCCUUCGUGGUUAUGAAUCAUCAAACAAUCAGACCUCGACUUCAAUUAACGCAGCUCGAGGUAUUGUGAAACUGAGCAUACGAAUACGGACUUUUUGUUGGUAAAAUAAUAUGUAGUCUAAAUGUUAUGUUAGAGAAAGUAUAGUUUCAUCGGCCAACGGCCUAAGUUUGUAAAAUCUGUCGUAGUAUAUUUUGUAUAGAAUACAUUUAUCUAUGCUGUAGAUAAGCGAUCGGAACAUAAAUUAUAAUUAUAGUAGCAAUAAUAGUGCCUACAAAGUCUUUUAAAGAAAAUGCACAACGUAAAGUUGGCGUUGGUUGAUAAUUUUGUUAUUUUUUUAUGAAAUCUUUGAGUGUUCAUUACUUGAUCGAAAAAUUUAUCUCCUAAUUUUACGUUUGUUUAGCUUGAUGAUUAUUUCGUGCUCUUUUAUAUAUUAGCAAUCAUGUGCCAAAACUUGAAUGCCAGUGUGCUGUUUGGCAAUAAUUUGAAAAAUUUUAUACGCAACUCCGAGCUUAUUUAUUGUUACUGAAGUAGACUUCUAUAAUUAGUCAUUAUCAUAGCGGGUCUAUCACUAGCUCGAUGUCGUGGAUACUUUAACACAAUUAAAAAUGUUAUUUCAAUUGAAUAAAAUAUCACUUCGCUUGAAUAAAAUCCAUGACGUGCUGAUGCACUUUGAAAGACAAGCUGAUUGCAUUUAUGUAAUUUACCAUAAUAGAUUUCAUCUUCACUGAAGUAAAACAUUUCACUUCAUACUUUGUAUAUAGUGUAACAGUUUGUAAAUACGUGUAUCGCAGCGAAUAGUUGAAUGUAACCAUGGUUUUGUAAAUGGAUAUUAUACAACGCCACCGUAGACUAUUAUAUAUAUUUUUGUUAACGUGAUGACUAUUAAAAUAAUUGAAUCUGUGAUACUUAAAAUAAUAUGAAAUAAAUUAUGUUUAACUGUG